ACGUCUACCGAUAUACAGCUACACAACAUUACCUAUAAGCUACCUAUAAGCUACCAGCUACUAAAAAUGGGAUUUCCUUUGUUCAUUCUAUUAAUUCUGUCAAUGGCGAUUGUGAGCUUCGGAGUUGAAGUGAAUGUCAUACAUGAAUGGAAAUAUGCUGACUUUGAAUGGCGAAGUCAGGAGCAGAAAAAAGAAGCGUUAAGAUCCGGCUCUUACAAUCCAUUAAUGUGCUUAUUCGAAGAUGCAAGUAAAGCGGAUGAUGGUAGACUAUUCGUUACUGUUACUAAUGUAUAUGGCUCUGGUUCACCUGCUACUUUGACAACAGUAACUAAUAAAAUAGGACCAGGAGGUCCAAUUUUACGACCAUAUCCAGAUUGGAGUUGGUACAAUAGCAAAUGUAUGUGUGAUGGUAUUGUAAAUGUUUAUCGAACGAAUAUUCAAUGCAAUCACAUCAUCGUUCUGGAUAAUGGUAAAAUCGGGCAAUUCGACCAAGUCUGUAAUCCAAAAUUAUUGAUCUUUGAUUUAAAAGAUGAUACACUUGUUAAAACUAUUUAUCUUCCACUUGAUUUCGCUACUAACCAAACAGGCUCUGGAUUAUUGAUAACGCCUUUGGUUUAUGCUCCCGGAGAAUGCAAACAGUUUCUGAAUAAAAUGAUUGUAUUUGUAACUGAUACAGAAGGUUCAGGUUUAGUGGUGUACGAAUCAUCUACAAAGCGUAUGUGCAGAGUCGAAUCUGAUUACAUGAAACCGGUAGAUACUUUUUUCUCUGUAGCAAAGCAAAAUUUUACUCAUGAAGGCGGAAUUUUCAGUAUAACAGUCGUUAAUGAUGAACUAUAUUAUGUUCCUAUAUCGGGAAAAGUAAUAUAUAAGAUAAAAAUAGAGACGCUGUUAAAAUGUCCAAACAAAGAAGAGGCUAAUAAACAAAGUAAACUAGUGACUAAAUUAUCAAGCCAAACAGCAGUUAUUACAUCAACGAAAAAUUCAAUAUUUUAUAGCAAUUACAAGGCAAUGUCUAUUCUAGGCAUGAACAUCUGUGCGAAAUCUAAUAAAAUCGCAGUUGAAAUAGCGCAAGACAACGAAAAAUUUCAAGUUAUAAGUUCGAUGAAAGUUUCAAGUUAUUGGAAUAGAAUGAUAUGUAUGUCAAAUAGAUAUCAACAUUUCGCUCUGCAUACAUUAAAUCUAGGUGUUACAAACUUCCGUUAUUUUGAAAUAAAAUUACCAGAAAUAAAGAAAAUUAUAGAUUAACAUUUCUACGUCUUGAUUUCGGAUGUCUUCUGAAUCUUCAAAUAAAAUGAGUAUCUUGCACUGAAAAAAAGUGCUCAUAUAAAAAGUUAUGAACUCUUACAUAAACAUAAGUAAAGGAUAUCUUUAGUUGAGUAUAUAAGGCAGAAAACGAAAAGAAAUGAAAUAAAGGAAGAAAGGAUAGAGAGUAGAACGCACUUUUCUAAUCCUUUUGCGAAGGACUCAUAAAUUAUGUCAUCAAUUAGGAAAUAAAAAUUCCUCAUUUGUAUCAGCUUAGCAAUAAAAGAUUUGUAUUACUUUAAUAAACACGACAUCUUCGCCACACA